AAAGUGGGGAAAAACGCACAGUACAGUCCCUUGGUAUUGAUUUCUGAUUCCGUUUGGGUGAGAAUGGCGGGCGGCAAUGGCAACAGUAACACCAUCCCCGUGGCCCCUAAAUCUCUCAUUUUCUUACAAGAAUGGUGGCUUGUGAAGCAGCGCAAGGGUUUAGCCGUGGGCGGGGUUGCUUCCGUGAAGAGAGAUAGAGAAAGUUUGUUUUUGUCUACACUGAUUGCUGAGAGAGAAGAGGCCAAUGUCCUCCACACCCAGGAUGGCAUCACUCUUAUUUUCCGCGGUUGCAUCAACACCUCCCGUUCAUCGCAAAACGGUGUCCCUGCCGAGGUAUGUCAACACUUCUUGGUUGGAUUCCCACACGAUUGGAAAAAGUAUUCAGUUCAUAUGGAUGAGGUUUAUGCAUUUGGUGACUCAAGUGCUUGUUCAAAGAAGAGGGAUGGUGAUGCUUUGCCAUUUUCUACUCGUGAUGAUGAUUUCACCGAGAGACACAAUUCUAUUUCUUUUGGAAAUGAUUCCAAUCAAUCUGAAUCAACUGAUAACCACAAUACAGCAGUGUUCCAGCUGCAGGUUGACAUGUGCAAUGGUGAAAAAGGAAUAUCACACAUUGCUGUUGAAAGCCAGGCUGAACAUUCAAAAAAUGGCCAAUCCUUGAUGGGUAUGUAUGAUUCUAACACAUGUAUAGGCCCUUCUGGUACAAAGAAAAUGAAAAGAGGCCGGUUCUCGGGUGAGCGCAAGGAGAACUCCUGUAGUAGGAUGGUGACGAGAAGCAUUUCCAAAAAAUAUCGCACAAUGUCCGAGCAAGAUGAGAAAGCUACAGUAGCAAGUGGUAUUUCUCCCGUUAGAAGAUCUCCAAUGCCAAAUAUUUAUAGAUAAUGAUCUGUCACACUAAAGUAGUGGUGGAUAGUGAUACUUGUGAAAGGAGGUUUUCUAUUUUUUGGUUGAAAUAAGAAAUAUGUAUUCUUAAUGUAAAGGUAUUUGCGAUUGAUAACACAUUUACUGAUGUUUUAAAUUUUAUAGCUCAGUAUUAAAUUUAAGGUUUAGGGUUUGUGGUGCCAGAUUGUUUUUCAAUUUUGCUAGAGCUUAUCAUUACUGUUAUGGCAGGGGAGACUUCUCAUUUGUUA